AUGUGGGGCUCCUCACAACAGGUCCUGGAUAUCCCCGGGCCCCAGAAGCUCCUAAAGACCCUAGGAUCUUUGUGGUUGUCGCAGUCUCAUGGGCAGUCGCCUCCCGGCACCUCUGCAUCAUGCCCCUUGGGGGAAACCAGCUGUCAAGCCAAGUAUCACGGUCAAGAUACUUGCUGUUUCAACUACCCAGGCGGUCAAAUGCUACAGACCCAGCUUUGGGAUGUGGACCCCGCUCUCGGCCCCGAUGACUCUUGGGGGAUACACGGACUCUGGCCCGAUCACUGCAAUGGCGGGUUCGACCAAUUCUGCGAUCCCAAGCGCAAGUACAGCAACAUAUCGUUGAUUUUGGUGGACGCCGGUCGUGGCGACCUACUAGAAUAUAUGAGCGAAUACUGGAAAGAUUACCAUUUCGAUGAUCAAAACUUGUGGCAACAUGAGUGGAACAAGCAUGGUACCUGUGUCAGCACUCUUGAAACACAUUGCUACGAGGACUAUCUUCCGCAGCAGGAGGUGGUAGACUAUUUCGAUCGGACUGUUGAGGUCUUCAAGACGUUACCUUCCUAUGAGUUUUUGGCCAAGGCCGGCAUCGUGCCUUCGCAUUCGCAGACUUAUGCACUCGAGGAUAUUGAAGAUGCCCUAGAAGCUGCCCACGGCCACCCUGUCACAGUCCACUGCCGACGCGGCCAGCUGAGCGAGAUCUGGUACCACUUCAACAUUGCAGGAAGCCUGCAGACCGGCAACUUCAUUCCCGCCCGCCCAGAUGGCCAGUCUUCCAACUGUCCCCGUCGAGGUAUCCACUACCUGCCUAAACGGGGCGGACAGCCUGAGCCGACCCAAACUACAACAAGAGGUGGUUCGGAGCCCACUGCUACGGGCAUCCCCUUCUCAGGCAAGGGGAACAUGAUUGUCUCCACAGUCAAUCAAAUUCGUGGAUGUAUCAUCAGCUGGGGGACGUGGUAUAUAUCCGGAACGUGUGCUACUUUCCGAGCGGAGAAGGCGUCAGAGGACACCUUCACUCUCAAGUCAAGCAAGGGACCUUGCAGUAUCCAAGAGGACGUUUUCAGGUGUGGGACUCAUGUCACUACUCCUAGUGAAUUCACCGUCAAGGACGACAAGCUUUGCUAUGAGGGAAACACCACGUUCUAUGCCGACAAGGCACCCAAGGGCUUUGUGCAGAGCACAAUUUUCGCCUCAGAAGGAGAACAUCCGAUCGAAUUAGAGAUUUCAUGGAAGGCGCACGACUGGCCCUAG